AUCAAGGAAAAACUCCCGAUUGUCAUGGCUGAAGGAGAAAAUGAAGUGAGAUGGGAUGGAUUGUGCACUCGAGAUUCAACUACUAGGGAAGCAGCACUGGAAAACAUUAGACAAAUCGUUUUGAGGAAAACCGAGUAUCUUCGUUCGCUGAAAGAAGCAACUUACCGUUCAUCAGACGGGCUUUCAAAUGCUGUUUCUUUGGAUGGGUUGAAUAAGCUUCUUGCUCAUCUGCUUAUGCUUUCUAAGAGGUGUCCCUUUAAAGAUGUGAGAGAGAAAAGCGAGUUUAUUCUGAAGAGCGUCCAGCAGAAGUCAAUGGAAUUAAUAUGCUUAAAAAAACUAUGGGCAUUAUUGAACAUCCAUAUGGAAACGAAAGAUGAGCCUGAGUCAGAUGCUAUCAAUUUGAACAAACACGGGUUUGCACUUAACAUGACAACAGUGAAAUCUGUGGCACUUCGAAGAGCUUCUGGGUCCUUAGGAAACCUUUCAAAGAAGGAUAUGUACUUUAUGGGAAUAAGAUUAGAUUCUUCUAGUGCUCUGCAGGAACCAAUAGAAAUUCUUCAAGAAGCCUGUUUUGAACCACCAUUCCAAGUCUGGACUCCCUUAAUGUUUCAUAGUUUUAUGCCAAGACCAAGUCAUUUGGCCUUCCUCUGCUUUUACCAGGGUGUUCAGCUUGUUUUUGAGGAAAAGAAGGCAGAAAAAAAUAGGAAGGUAAAUGGCCUAAGUAGAAGAGGGAGAGUUGGCCCUCAUCUUACAGCAUCAGCACAUGCUCACAUCCCGGCCCAGCCCACCAAGCCUGUUCUUGACCUCAGAAUUAGCUCAUCCGGCUUGUUUUUCGCCUGGGCUGUGCAGGGCCCCGCUUCCCCCAGCCUCUGCGCUUAG